AUGACGGUGCGCAUCGUCACAUGGAAUGUCAACGGCAUUCGAAAUCCGUUCAAGUACUCGCCAUGGAACAAGGACCGAAGCCUCAAGGCCCAGGCCAUGUUUGACAUUCUCGAGGCAGACAUUGUCUGUUUCCAGGAGGUCAAGACACCCAAAGCGAGCUUGACCGACGAUCUCGUGUUUGUCGACGGCUGGGACACAUUCUACAGCUUCCCGCACACUCUAACAGGCUACUCUGGCGUGGCUGUCUACACCCGCGACAGCAAAUGCGUUCCGCUGCGGGUGGAGGAGGGCGUCACGGGCGUCCUCAAGAUCCCCGGCACACAAACGCGGUAUGUCGACGCACAACCGGACAAACAGAUUGGCGGCUACCCGACCGAUAGACAACUGCGCAGGGCCGCUGUGGGCCGCGAAGUCAUCGACUCGGAAGGUCGGUGCCUCAUCCUCGAAUUCCCUCUCUUCGUCCUCAUCAACGUCUACUGCCCAGCACGCCGCAACCACGAACGCACGGGCUACCGCAACACCUUUUUGCUCGCCCUCGAUGUGCGCAUCCGCAACCUGGCCGCCGCCGGGAAAAACGUCGUCUUGUGCGGUGACCUGAACAUCAUGCGCGACCAGCUGGACACAGCCGGCAUAUGGGGCCACCAGGGGCAAAAAAUGAUGUCGGAGGCUCUAGAGUUUGACGAAAACUACAUGACCAUGCGGGCGCCCAAACUGCUGAGCCAGCUGCUGUUCAACAGCCGUACCGUCUCCGACACCGGCACGCCCUUUAUCGACGACGCGGUGGAGACGCGGCGUCCGCCUGUGCUCUACGAUACAUGCCGCGAACUGCAUCCCGAGCGGACGGGUAUGUUUACGUGCUGGGACACGCGCAAAAACCACCGGCCGGCCAACUUUGGGUCGCGCAUUGACCUCAUCAUGUGCAGCCCCAAGGUCAUGCAGCUCGUGCAAGAAGCAGACAUACAGCCGCACCUCCUUGGGUCGGAUCACUGCCCGGUCUACGCUGUGCUGCAGGCGGCAAUCGAGGACGGUGGUGAAGAGAAAGAGGACGACCCACACACCAAACGAAAAACCUACAGUCUCGACUAUCUCAACCCGCCUGGCCGGUUCGUCGGCGGCCAGAACGUGCUGCCGCCAGACGAGGACACUGCGCUGCUGAAAACGCGUUUCCCACAGUCCGCCCGUCGCAUGCCGCAGUUUUCCAAUCGAAGACACAUUGCGAGCAUGUUCCAAAAGACACCCAAACUCCCCGCUACUGCUUCGGUUACCAGUGCUACACAAGAUGCAAAGUCGUCCGUUCAUCCUUCAGAAAGGAAUGGCAGUGCUAGAAAAGGUCCCGCAGGGGUGCAGUCGUCUGCACCCGAGCUCCCCGCGAUCCUCAAAGCAGAAGCUGUCGAGCUUGUCGAAUCCGACGACGAAGAUGGCGGUGCGGGGACGAUUGAGGACGACGAUGUGGCCGUGACGGCGGAGGAGGAGGGGGAGGACGAGGACGAGAGACCUGAAUCCGUUGCAGGGCCAGCAGACUCUACGCAGCCGCUGAGCGACAUACCAGCAGCGCGCGACGACGACCGAGGAUCUCGGCCACCUGCACUCCAUGCGAACAUCGAAAACACAUUAUCCGCAGUCGUCUCGCCAUCCCUGCCGAGUCGGCCUCUCUCCGAGACGGACAACGUCGCUGCUAACGAAAGCCAACGUGGACAUGUGAGCGAGACGUCGGCUGUCCGCAGAUAUGACGAGCCUUCUCAGUCGACAGAUCUUCCCUCUGAAGGCGAGAUGGGAAGAACGCCAGCUGGGGAGAGCAGCUUGUCAGAAUCCAGGCCAAGCCGAAUCCAGUCGUUUUGGGGUGGUCACUCUGGUGUUCCCAAGAGUCGCGAGCAAAGGAAUGACGGAGAUGACGCGAAUGGCUCUAGGGACUCUGGGGAUUCUGGGGAUUGUGGGGCUGCCUCAUCGCUGCUGUCGUCAACUCCGAAACCUAAAACAACCGUACCGUUGUCACAAUCGUUGACUCCGUCUCUUCUCCCGACAGGCACGUUACGUCGCAGUCUGAGUGGAACCGGCGGCUCAAACACAUCGUCCGUCCGGCCGUCUUCUUCUGUUUCCGCCCGGCCGGCCAAAAAGGCCAAGACGUCCGCCUCGGCUUCCUCGGGCACCCAAAUGUCCAUGAACAUGUUUCUCACCGCACGGCCUGCCAACAACAAGGCGAAGGAGAAUGAGAAAGAGACAGAGAGAGAGAAAGGGGACCCGAACCCACCCACUGUGCUGGCCACGCCAGAGACAGAAGCUGUGCAUUCUGCUCUCGACGAAGCGGCCACCACCGCUGCCGCCAACGAUGACGACAACAUGUGGAUGACGGCCGAAGAAGUCGACGCCGCCUUCCGCAGCCUCGACGCGGCCAAGGCGUCGUGGUCGCGGCUGGGCCUCGGCCAGCGCCAGACGCCGUUGUGUGAGCACGGCGAGCCCUGCAAGACAUUUGUGACCAAAAAGGCUGGCGUCAACAGCGGGCGCUCGUUCUACAUGUGCGCCCGGCCGCCGGGUCCGCUGGGCAAGCGCGAAAAGGGCACGGCGUGGCAAUGCACCACGUUUGUCUGGUGCCGCGACUGGCGACCGGACCGGCCCGAAGUAGAAACAAAGUAG